ACCCCCAUUGUGAUUCUGGGGUUUACGCUUUACUGGAGUUGGUGCGGAGUGAGCAGGAUCUAUGGACAGAAAUGCACAUCUAUCAGCGCUUUUAUGGAUUGUAAUUCUUCUACCUUCGUGGAUUUCCAAAAUAUGAAUUGAUGUCGUCGUUUAAAGUCGAGGAAUUUCGUCUUGAAAUUAAGGCCAGGUAUAUAGCUACGAAGUUGUGAAAUAGUUCCCUUGAAGUUUUUCCUCAGGGCUGCGAAGCGAAUUUCCAUUUUCCUAUUCGACUACUACACCAGCCAUCAUAUGGCGAGGCGAGUAGGGGGAGAAGGAUCCGUGAUUUUAACACGAAUUCCAUCCACGGUUUGGAAUAAGAGCUCGAGACUCCACUGGUGUAACUUCAUGGCUGUUUUUUGGAGCUCUGUGGCAGUAUUGUCGCUUCUAUGUUGUGGAUUUUGUGGCGCUGAAACGGAGUUUUCGAUCUUGGAGGAGGCACAAGUUUUAGCCGUACAAAUGAAAAAACUGUCCUCGCAGGAGCUUGGAGUCUUCACCAUGCAGAGAAUCUUCAACUCGUUUGUGUACACAGAGAAGACCUCAAACGGAGAGACGGAAGUACAGCAGCUUGCGAAGAAGAUCCGCGAGAAGUUUAACCGUUACCUGGACGUGGUGAACAGGAACAAGCAGGUGGUGGAGGCAUCCUACACGGCCCACCUGACCUCCCCCCUCACCGCCAUCCAGGACUGCUGCACCAUCCCGCCCUCCAUGAUGGAGUUCGACGGUAACUUCAACACCAACGUGUCCAAGACCAUCUGCUGUGACCGGCUGUCCCCCACCGUCAACAGUCGAGCCUUUAACCCUGGACGGGACCUCAACUCAGUGUUGGCAGAUAACCUGAAGUCCAACCCGGGCAUCAAAUGGCAGUACUUCAGCUCAGAGGAGGGCAUCUUCACUGUGUUCCCCGCCCACAAGUUCCACUGCAAGGGCAACUACGAGCACCGCUGCAGGCCAGUGUACGUGUCGGCGGUGCGGCCCCAAUCGAAACACAUCGUGGUGAUCAUCGAUCACGGCGUGACCAUUACAGACACACAGCUGCAGAUCGCCAGAGACGCUGCGCUCGUCGUCCUCAGCUCCGUAGACGAACAUGACAAGGUCUCGAUCCUGUCCUCAGCGGAGGCGGUGCGGUCCUGUUCACUGGACCCGUGCUAUAAGAGCUACCUGUCUCCUGCCACCAGCGAGACCAAGAGGAAGAUGAGCACCUUCGUCAACAACCUCAAGGCUUCCGACAGUCCUACCCUGCACGCACUGGGCUUCCAAAAGGCCUUCCAGCUGCUCCGGAACACCAGCAAUAUCACCCGCCAACUCACCAAUACGGACAUGGUGAUCAUCUACCUGUCGUCUGGCAUCACGUCCCGAGACGCGUCGGAGCACGAGAAGAGGGACACCCUGCGCGUGGUCAAAGAGGAGAACCGUCACCUCAACAACUCAGUCAUGAUCCUCACCUACGCCCUCAUGAACGAGGGCGUGACCGGUCUGAAGGAGCUGGCGUUCCUGCGUGACCUGGCGGAGCAGAACUCGCUGAAGUACGGCGUGCCCGACCGCUCGGCGCUGCCGGUGGUGAAAGGGAGCAUGAUGGUCCUGAACCAGCUCAGUAAUCUGGAGACCACCGUGGGACGCUUCUACAUCAACCUGCCCAACCGCAUGAUAGACCUGGCCCGCUUCAGCCUGUCAUACCAGGACGCCAUGGGAGACGGUUUCAUCAUGACGGCGAGCCGGCCAUGUUACUUUGGCAACCUGUUGCUAGGCGUGGUGGGAGUAGACGUGAACCUGGCCUACAUUCUAGAGGACGUCACCUACCACCAGGAUUCCUUGGCCUCCUACACCUUCCUCAUAGACAACAAAGGUUACACCCUGAUGCACCCGUCCCUCACACGGCCCUACCUGAUGACCGAGCCUCCACUGCACACUGACAUCAUCCACUAUGAAAACAUCCCAGGGUUCCCCGUAGUACGGGACAACAUACUCCGUCUGCCCCUGGGCAGUCAGGUGAUAGCUGUGCCCACCAACUCCUCUCUGUCCUGGCACACCAACCGGCUACGAGACCCCAGCAGGGAGGCCUACAACGUCAGCUACGCAUGGAAACUGGUCCAGGACACAUCGUUCAUCCUGUGCAUAGUGUACGUCCAGCCAGAGAUCCCAGUGAAACACCUGAAGAACCUGAACACUGCUCCCAGCUCCAAACUGCUCUAUCACCGCCUGGACCUGCUGGGACAACCCUCCUCCUGUCUGCACUUCAAACAGCUGGCCACCGUCGAGAGCCCUACGGUGAUGCUGUCUGCAGGGAGUUUCUCCUCUCCCUACGAUCACCUCAGUCAGCCAGAGACCAAACGCAUGGUGGAACACUACACAGCCUACCUCAGUGACAACACACGCCUCAUAGCCAACCCUGGCCUUAAGUCGUCGGUCAGGAACGAGGUGAUGGCGACCAGUCACGUCACAGAUGAAUGGAUGACACUCAUGGAGAUGAGUAGCCUCAACUGCUACAUUGUGCGCCGUUACAUAGCAACGCCCAAUGGGGUGCUGCGGAUUUACCCCGGCUCGCUAAUGGACAAAGCCUUCGACCCAACCCGGAGACAAUGGUACCAGCACGCUGUAGCCAACCCAGGCCUCAUCACCUUCACUGGGCCUUACCUGGAUGUGGGCGGGGCUGGCUACGUGGUCACCAUCAGCCACACCAUCCACGCCUCAAGUUCUCAGAUGGCCCCAGGGUAUGCGGUAGCCGUGAUGGGCAUAGACUUCACCCUGCGUUACUUGUACAAGGUUCUGCUGGACCUGCUACCCAUCUGCAACCAGGACAAGGGUAACAAGAUCCGGUGUUUCAUCAUGGAGGACAGGGGUUACCUGGUGGCCCACCCCACCCUCAUCGACCCUAAAGGCCACGCCCCCGCCGAACAGCAGCACAUCACCCACAAGGAACCGCUGGUGGCCAACGACAUCUUGAACCACCCCAACUUUGUCAAGAAGAACCUCUGCAACAGCUUCAGUGACCGCACGGUCCAGCGCUUCUACAAGUUCAACAGCAGUAUCAUUGGCGACCUGACGAACCUGGUCCACGGGAGCCACUGCUCCAAGUACCGUCUGACCCGUAUCCCAGGGACCAACGCUUUCGCGGGCAUCGUCAACGAGACGUGCGACUCGCUGGCUUUCUGUGCCUGCAGCACCGUGGACCGCCUCUGUCUCAACUGUCACAGGAUGGAGCAGAAUGAGUGUGAGUGUCCAUGUGAGUGCCCCCUGGAGGUCAAUGAAUGUACUGGCAACCUUAGCUACGCUGAAAACAGGAACCCCAGCUGCGAGGUGCACCAGGAGCCCCUGUCUCUGACGGUGAUGGACUCCAGUCUGCAGGACACCCUGCCCCAGUGUAUCAACACCCGCUGCAGCCAACGCUUCACCAGCAGUGACUGUUUUGGCGUGCUGGACUGUGAGUGGUGCAUGGUGGACAGUGAUGGGAAGACCCACCUGGACAAGCCUUACUGUGCCCUGCAGAAAGAGUGCUUCGGGGGCAUCGUGGGGGCCAAGAGCCCUUACAUGGAUGGCAUGGGGAUGCUGGAUGAAGAGGUAGUGUCUCUGAACAUGAUGAAGAGUGCCCCGGUUGGGCCGGUUGCCGGGGGUAUUAUGGGCUGCAUCAUGGUGCUGGUGUUGGCUGUCUACGCCUACAGACACCAGAUCCACCGACGCUCACAUCAACACAUGUCCCCUCUGGCUGCACAGGAGAUGUCCGUCAGGAUGUCUAACCUGGAUAACGAGAGAGACGAGCGAGACGAGGACAGCCACGAAGACAGGGGGAUCAUCAGCAACACCCGGUUCAUCGCGGCGGUGAUCGAGAGACACACCCACAGCCCUGAACGCCGGAGGAGGUACUGGGGACGGUCAGGGACGGAGAGUGACCACGGCUACAGCACCAUGAGUCCUCAGGAGGACAGCGAGAACCCUCCCUGCAACAACGACCCCCUGUCGGCCGGCGUGGACGUGGGUAACCACGACGAUGACCUGGACCUGGACACGCCCCCUCAGACGGCGGCGCUGCUCAGCCACAAGUUCCACCCGUACCGCCACCCGCCUUACCACCACCCGCUCCACACGCACCGCCUGCAGGCGGCCGUCACCGUGCACAGUGUGGACGCAGAGUGCUGAUCCUAAACCUCCACCCCCCCCCCCCCCCCCCCCCCCCCCCCCAGGCCUGGGCUCUCCUCCGGCCCUCUUCCUCGACCUGGCUACGCCUCGCUACAUUGGCGGGGUCCCUGACAUGCAAUGCUACCACUACCGUCACCUCCAGACUCCACCACCAUGUAGGCUCCCACUGGGCCCAGCCAGGGUGAGGGGAGGUGGGCUGAGAGAGAAUAGGGUAGACCCCCCCCCUCCCCCCCUGGAAGUUUCCUUGGAAGAUCAUACACUGUAGGAGAAACACUAGCCCCUGUGAGCUCAGCUCAGAACAUGGGGGUGGGGGGGUGAGGCAGCUGCUGGCCUUAUUCUAAAAGGGUCUGAACUUGUUUAAAAGUGUAAACAAAGGAUCUACAAUGUUCAAGAAGACAGCGAUAAAAAAGGAAGGAUUAUUAAAGGAUUAUUUUUCUACUAUUUAUUGAACUGGAUUUGAGAUGGAUCAGAGUAGAGACUGACCGUGUGGCUGGAGCUGAACUGAAAGGACUCUGGUCGCUAAGGUAACCAGAGUGGCUGAUCAUGGACCACAGAGAGCCUCUCCUGCACACUGCCCUCGCUUUCUGUCGAGGAUGCAUCGAGGCAGUGGUUAUUCACGCUAUCGUUUUGAUUAUUUUCAGUUGAGAAUCAGAAGUCGUUGUGAAGAUAAACUCUUUGCGAUAACUGGACGAGCUGAAUAGAAGACAUUGAGAAACCCACCCACUUGUCUGAACUAGAUGUGUCGUACUCCGAUCACCUGGCCUACCGUCAGUCACUGGGGCUGCUGUAUGACUGAAUAAGGAUGGGGCAUGCAAGGACCCUGGCAGAAUGACUCAGACACAGGAAGUACAGUGCCCAUGCUUUGGUGUCCUGUUAUCUGCCUGAAAAUAAAAGUAUGAUGAGGCUUGGUGGAAUUGGUUGGUCUGUCUUCGGACCUCACACUGGCAUCUGGACCUGGUUGACCAAGCUAUGGCUCUCUCUGUCUCUAUGCCUGAGUGGGACCUAUUAGUGUUGAACAGAGGUGUGUGUGUGUGUGUGUGUGUGAGAGCGAGAGCUGUUGUGGCUGCAUCCAUUUUUAUGUUCCUUUUGCGGUCAAUUAAUAAAAAAAACAGUCUUCUGUACACUGCGUGUGCUACAGUCAUGGUGUGUGUGUGUGUACACUCUGCGUGUGCUACAGUCAUGGUGUGUGUGUGUGUACACUGCGUGUGCUACAGUCAUGGUGUGUGUGUGUGUGUGUGUACACUCUGCGUGUGCUACAGUCAUUGUGUGUGUGUGUGUGUACACUCUGCGUGUGCUACAGUCAUGGUGUGUGUGUGUGUACACUGCGUGUGCUACAGUCAUGGUGUGUGUGUGUGUGUGUGUACACUCUGCGUGUGCUACAGUCAUUGUGUGUGUGUGUGUGUACACUCUGCGUGUGCUACAGUCAUGGUGUGUGUGUGUGUACACUCUGCGUGUGCUACAGUCAUGGUGUGUGUGUGUGUGUACACUCUGCGUGUGCUACAGUCAUUGUGUGUGUGUGUGUACACUCUGCGUGUGCUACAGUCAUUGUGUGUGUGUGUGUACACUCUGCGUGUGCUACAGUCAUGGUGUGUGUGUGUGUGUGUGUGUGUACACUCUGCGUGUGCUACAGUCAUGGUGUGUGUGUGUGUGUGUGUGUGUACACUCUGCGUGUGCUACAGUCAUUGUGUGUGUGUGUGUGUGUACACUCUGCGUGUGCUACAGUCAUUGUGUGUGUGUGUGUGUGUGUGUGUGUGUACACUGCGUGUGCUACAGUCAUGGUGUGUGUGUGUGUGUACACUGCGUGUGCUACAUUCAUGGUGUGUGUACACUGCAUGUACUACAGUCAUGGUGUGUGUGUGUGUACACUCUGCGUGUGCUACAGUCAUGGUGUGUGUGUGUGUACACUCUGCUUGUGCGUGUGUUUGGUCUGAUUGUAGGAAGGUGGUCAUCUCCAUUGAAGGCAUCAUUACAUGUUUUAAUUGUUUCCCCCCUAUGACUGUGUGCUAGUCCUCAUGAUAUUCAUUUAGUUUGGGUAAAGAAUGUCUCUUUUUUUUUCUGAAUGAAUAGUAUAAAGUGUACAUAUGUUAAAAUAAAUAUUACAAAUAGCUAUUGAUGUGUUGUUACACUCCAUGUGUCUAUGCUGAAAAUGAAAUAUUGUGUGCUCAAAAUGAUGCUCGGAUAUUUGAGUAUAUUUAGCUAUUUUUCAGCACAUGGUAUCGAUCUGACUAUACGCUGAGAUUCCGAUGAUAUUAGGUCUACCUUUCUUUAGGUCCAUAUUGGAUGGAAAACAGACUGCCAUUGUGGUAUUUUACACACUUCAGUUGGAGAGCAAUCGUCUUUAAAAGCCUCACAUUGUUAUUACAAGUAGGGUCCAAAUGUCACGAAAGACGAUAUCAGUUGACAGGAAGAGAUUUCAUUUUAGACUGCAUUGGAACUUUCUCCCUGUUUGUUGAGUUGAAUGAGUUCUGGACAGGUUAUGGGUCAAUUUAAUUUCAAUUUAGAAAUGUUUUAAUCCGGGUUACUUCCUGAAAUAGAAUUGACCCCAAUGUCGCUUUAACCCUAAAGCUGACAUUAUGGGAUGUUGUGGUACUCUCCUCUCAAUGUAGUUAAAAGCAGUCAUUUGAUUUAGUCACAAUUAGCAUCUACUGUCCUCUUCUUAACUACCACCACUGAAAUCGUAGCCCUGAACAUUACUCCAAACACGACGCCGCUCUGGUGAAUGUACCCCCUGAUUUUGUCAUGUCAGUGCAUAUUUCCUACUCAGGAUGGUACCAAAGCAUAAGUGGGUUUGAUUCUGGAAAAACAGGAGCUACAUUUACUGAGUAGUGCUGCGAAUAACUGUCUUUACAGUUGUUUUUAGUUCCGUUGUAGUAAGAACAUUGUUAACAGGAGAGAGCAUUAACAGUAUUUACCAGCUGUUGUAAGCAAGUAUAAUUGUGUUUAUACCGAACGUUAUGAAUUGUAUUCAUGUACUGAAGGAACUUCGAUGUGUGUAUAUCAUUCCUUUUUACCCGUGUAAACAUAUACAGUUAUAAUAUGGAGAUUUAUUGCAAUGUGAAUGUGAUAAAAAGAAAAGUCCAUUUUAAA